GUGGACAACCUGGAUGAAUUUCUGAAUGACCCUCUGAAGCAGCACACACUGAUCCGCUUUCUCCCCAGGCCCAUCCGGCAGCAGCUCCUGUACAAGAGACGAUACAUUUUUUCAGUGUUGGAGAACCUGCAGAGGCUGUGCUACAUGGGGCUGCUGCAGUUUGGUCCCACAGAAAAGUUUCAGGAUAAAGAUCAGAUCUUCAUUUUCCUGAAGAAGAAGGCGGCUAUCGUUGACACCACCAUCUGCGACCCACAUUACCACCUCGCCCACAGCAGCCGGCCCUUUGAGAGGCGUCUUUAUGUCCUGAAUUCAAUGCAGGAUGUGGAAAACUACUGGUUUGACCUGCAGUGCGUCUGCCUCAACACCCCUCUAGGUACCAUCUGUCUUUGCUGGUCCUCACU